AUGGGUUGGCUUCGUCGUACCGAGAAGACGCCUGAGCAAAGGUUGGCAGACAACACUGUUCUCGUUGGUGCAGAAAUCGCCGCGGCUCUCCCUGAAACCGAUGAACCAUGGUGGAAACAAGCACACCUACUCCGAUUGAAUGCCCUGCUCGGAAUUUGUUGCUUGUCAGCUGCAACUGUUGGUUAUGAUGGUGCCAUGAUGAAUGCCCUCCAGAUCAACCCAAACUGGAAGUCAUACUACAACCACCCCGAAAAGGCCAUGUUGGGCGCCAUCAAUGCUAUGCUCCCGACGGGUAAAAUCAUAGGCUUCCUCUUCGUCGCACCUUUCUCGAACCGAUUCGGCCGCAAAACCGCACUUGUGCUCUCCUUCGCUAUCACCAUCAUAGGUGCUGCUAUCCAGGCAGCGUCGAAUAGCCUGGGCGUCUUGAUCUUCUCGCGCUUCUUCCUGGGCUUUGGGUGCGGUGUCAUGUCACAGCCAAGCCCAAUCUUGCUUGCAGAGAUGGCGUAUCCUCCUCAUCGUGGAAAGCUGACGGCAUUAUACCAUUGUUUCUAUUUUGUUGGGGCUAUCGCCGCGGCUUGGAUCACCUUCGGUACGCUCAGAAUGACUGGGGAUUGGAGCUGGAGAAUCCCAACACUGCUCCAAGGAGCUGCUCCUUUGUUCCAGUUGACCUUUUCAUACUUUUUACCCGAAUCACCCAGAUACCUCAUUGCAAAGGGCCGAGAUGACGAAGCACGCGCGAUCCUCACCAAGCAUCAUGCAGCAGGGCAUGAAAACUCUACACUGGUCGACCUCGAGGUCACUCAGAUCCGAGACGCCGUUCGAACCGCAACCAAUACCGAGAAACGACCAUCCUUGGGCAAAAUGCUUACGAGCCCCGCAAACCGCCGCCGACUUCUCAUCUCGACGCUGGUAGCUAUUGCUGCACAGUGGUCCGGCAACACUGUGGUUUCAUACUAUCUCGUCCUUGUGCUCAAUGGCAUCGGUGUCACCAACGCUACCCACCAGUCGCUCAUCAAUGGUGGGUUGCAAAUCUUCAACCUACUUGCUACAGUAGGAUGCGGCGCCAUGCUUGUUGAUGUUCUGGGGCGUCGCCGUCUCUUCCAAUGGUCUGCUAUAGGAAUGACACUAUCUUACAUGAUUUGGACUAUCCUCAACGCCCGAUUCGCUGCAACUGGGUCCUCGAGCUACGGCUUCGCCGUUAUUCCAAUGCUUUUCGUCUUUUACUUCCACUACGACAUCGCCCUGAAACCUCUGCUGUAUAGCUAUCCGACCGAGCUCUUUACCUACGAAUGGCGCAGCUGGGGCGUGGCUUACACCUUGAUUAUGACCAAUUUAUCACAGAUUAUUGGUCAAUUCUGCAACCCCAUCGCCAUGGCAAAGAUUGGAUGGAAGUACUACAUAGUGUUCUGCGUUCUUGACUCCCUUUUCAUCGCUCAAGUCUGGUUCUUGUUUCCUGAGACCAAGGGUAAAUCUCUUGAGGAACUCGCCAGCCUGUUUGAGAAAUUGGAGAAUGUCUUAGCCGGCGAUUCGGAGAAAUUCAAGGUCGAGAACGAGUAUAUCGAAAAUAGCAAGGCACUUUCUGAGUAA